AUGACUGAAGCUGUCGACAAGGUGCUGGAGGCGUUGAGGGGAAAUAAUCUGGAUAAAAAGAUCGAUGCGUUAGCAAAAUUAGAGGAGGAGCUGAUAGAAGAAACUCCACUAGAGCCACAGGAGAUUGGCCAACUUGUACAGAUCCUAAAAGAUACGAUUAAAGGUUCACAGAUGGCUCUUUCCUACGCCGCACUUACUUGUCUGAAUCCAUUUGUGUCUUUAGUUGCUGAAACACAUCCCCCUCAAUUUAAAAAUGUGGUUUCGGCAUUUGCGUCUGUUGUCAUAGAUAAACAAGGAGAUUCAAAAGAUAAAACUAGAGACACAGCACUUCAGGUGUUAUUAACCAUGUAUAAUUCGGCAACAUCGAUUAAUGGCGGUGCUAACAUUAUAACCGCUCUAGGAACCAUUAUUAAGGAUUCAGCUUUUGGUCACAAACAAUGGAGGGUUCGGGAACAGGUGGACAGUGCAAAAGAACUGGAAAGAGAAUUUCAAAAUAUACUGGUACCUUUUCAAGGCAAGGAAUCUGAACAAAAUUGGUUAAAUCGCGAAAGGAGCAUAAAUAGAUUGAGGGGUCUGGUUAGAGGCGAGGCCUUUACAAACUUUAGAGAAACUUUCAUCAAUGGACUUAAGUUGACGAUGGAUGGUAUUUUGAAAUCGCUCAAUAGUUUACGCACGACCCUAACAUUGGCUAGCGCAAGUCUUGUAAAGGAUUUAGCAGUAAAUUUGGGUCCCGCGCUCGAUCCUUUCGCCGAUAAUCUUUUAGCAAAUCUCAUCAAAAUAGUGUUGUCAACAAAGAAAAUUGUUGCACGGGCUGCUGCUAUUUCAGCCAACGCUCUUUUACAGCACGUAUCAUAUCACAAUCGCUUAGUCACGCAACUGUGGAAUGCGAUGGAAGAUAAUAAUAAACAGUUAAGAGAGUAUGCGAUUGGAUUUGUGACAACUGUCGUAAAAUCACAUGAAAAUAAAAGGGAUGUCAUGGAACGAUCGGGAGCAGCCGAAAUGCUAGAAAAAUGUGUACGCAAAGGUUUGACUGACGCAAAUCCCAAGGUUAGGGAAACAUGUCGCGAGUUAUUUUGGUCAUUUUACGAAAUAUGGACAGAGAGAGGUGAAAGGGUUCUAAAAAAUAUCGAACCAGCAGUAAAAAAGCAAUUGGAGCGCGACAGACCGAAAACAUUAAAUAUAACAUCCCCUGUGGAACCGACAACACCCGCCACACCAACCAGGGGGCGUACUCGCUCCGCAAGUUUUGGAAAAUCAAAAAGACCUCCAAGUAUUGCUGCAUCCGAUAGUGGAGCCAGCGAUAAUUUUCCCUUGCGUGCUGAUUCUGCUUCGAAGAAUGCAAAAGAGGAUCGUUCGAGAUUAUCGGCAAAAACACCAACGCCUAAAUUACGUGCAAAGUCACCUGCUCCACCUGCAAUGAUGAAAGGUAAAUCUGAUGCUUCUAAACUUUUGAAAUCACCAUCCAUGUCACCAAGCAAGUCCACCUCACAAAGCACUUUGACUGUUCCGAAACCUCAUCCUCGCAAGUUGACCGUUAUCGAGCAAUUGGAGCACAGCGAAUGGACCACACGCAUUGAAGGGAUACUAAAUGUAGCACAACUUGUGGUCAAAAGAUCAAUGGAUACACCAUCUGGAAAACCAGAUUUUAAAAAGACGCUGCUUCCACCCGACGAGGAUUUAAGUUCACAUUUAUUAAACAUACUAAACGACAAAAGCAAUAAGGUUUUGGAGACAUUUUUGGAACCUAAUGUUUUCAUCGAAUUGGCAAAAGUUGUAAAACUUGAAAACUUGCUACCAAGGGUCCUUUUUCUCGCAAGUGAUGAGACCAAACCUGAACAAGCGGAAAUUGUAAAAAAUUUCCUUCCUAAAAUUAAAGCUGAGCUCGGGGGUGAAAAAUCUUUGGCAGCACUUAAUAAAUGUCUUUUGGCGUUAGGAGGAUCCGGAACAACACCCAGAAAGCUAGCCGCAGCAUUUGGAUUUACACCGCCCCAAAAACGUAAAGUCAUAAAUGGGAUUCUUAAUUGGCUUAAUGAAAUAGUUGAACCAAAAGUAGAUGAGGUAGAGCAGAACGAAGGAAUGGUCAAGGGAUUUCUGGGUGACCAAGAAAAAUAUAAAUUGCUUGCCAAUCGUCUUAUUCCGUUGGCGACAAUGAUCAAAGAAAAAUCAGAAAAUUUUAAACCGCUCAGUGAUUUGAGGAAAAGACGUGAACGAGAAUUAUUGCAACAAAGGGAGCGGGAGAGAGAAUUGGAACUUCAGCAGUUGCAAGAAAUCGAAUAUGAAAAAGAAUUACAGAGACAACGUGAGUUAGAAGCCGAACGGCAACGAGAAAGGGAAAUUGAAAUGCAGCGCAAACUUGAACAGGAACAAAAGCUUAAAAUGAAACGCGAACAAAGGGAACGCGAACUUCAAGAGCAAAGGGAACGUGAACUCCAAGAGCAGAGGGAACGUGAACUCCAAGAGCAGAGGGAACGUGAACUCCAAGAGCAGAGGGAACGUGAACUCCAAGAGCAGAGAGAACGCGAACUUCAGGAACAAAGGGAGCGUGAACUCCAGGAACGUGAGUUUGAACGCGAAAGGGAGCUUCAAAUAAAACGCGAACGUGAACUCCAAGAACGUGAGUUCGAGCGCGAGAGAGAAUUGCGAAUAAAACGGGAACGUGAGCUUCAGGAACAGCGCGAGUAUGAGCGAGAACUACAAGAACGGGAGCUUGAGCGAGAUCGAGAACUUCAGAUAAAGCGCGAACGUGAGUUCCGAGAACGACGCGAAGCAGAACAAGCUGUCGAUCAACGACAACAUGAAAUAGACAGACACGAACGCGAAUUACAACAGCGAGAUAAUGAGAGGGGGAUAGAAAUCCAGCCAAAGUCUAGAAAGCCAUCACCCCUACACAGGGUUCAAUCUUUGUCCGUAUUACAAUCAAACCAAACGAAUCCCUUAGUCAAUGAUUGGGUUAAACAACAAAUAGCUCCACAGUCAAUGCCUAGUGAAUCACCGAGAGAACACGAUUGGUCACCGAAGAAUAAGCACGCGUCUGUAGGUACAAAUCUGCUUUAUCCUUAUGAAGUAGAUGGUAGACAUCAAAGGUCAAGAACACCCACUCGUGAAAGUGAUUAUGAUACACGGGCACUCCGGGAAAAUGGUAAUUGGGAAGAAAGGGAUCGAAGAAAUAUUGAUUGGAAUGAACACGGCAGACGAAUGACAUACGACAACGAAGAGGGACAACUCGUUGACAGAGACAGAUUGAUGCCGCGCGAUAACGAAUGGGAUGAAAGGGAUAGACGUUCUUCACCGAGGAGCAAGGAAAAUGAGUGGAACUAUUACAAACAAAAAUCGGCAAGGGAUCAAUAUCUUCAUGGUGAAAAAAAUGUAUUAAAGAAUUCUAGAUCGACAGAGUGGGACAAUAUGAGUGGAAACUCUCAAGAUCGAGAACGGGAAUCAUCGAGACAUUACGAGUGGGAUGAAAAAGCUGGGCGACCUGUUCCUAGAAACAAGGAUCUUGAGUGGGAUGAGCGAAGUGCUCGGUCGCUACCCAAAGAAUUGAGAGAGAGAGAUUUUGAUGAAAGAAGUGAAAGAAGUGAAAGAAGCAUACGGAUGUUACAAAGAGAUAGCGAUUGGGAUGAUAGGUCGAGUUUGGCGUCGCCGAGAGAUAGAAGGAAUUUUGAAUAUGAUGAUAGAACACAUCGUCUUCGAGUGAAAGAUUCAAAAGAAAGUUUAAACGAUAGAAGGACAUCACGAGUCAUUAGAGACUCUGAGUGGGAUGAAAGAGGUCAAAGAAUCCCAAGAGAUUCACGCAAAAAUGAGUGGGAUGACAGAGGGCCACGUCCAUCACCAAAGAACCACUGGGAAAAUUACUGGGAUGAAAGAAAUAGGCGCCCUCAUCUCAAGGAUACGGAACGGGGGAGUAAUAGACAAAAAGGAACGGAAUGGACUAAUAAUGGUAGGCGGAUGUCAAGAGACAGUAGUUGGACUGAAACAACUGACAGGGAGACAUACAGUGAAGGGCCGUAUGAAGAUAAUGACAGCGUCAGUGAAUUUGAGCUCACCCAAUCACAAAGAGAAGGCUACAAAGACAAGAGGACGAUGAGUGAACCUAUGGAACGCGAAGUACGAAUGGAUUCUUCACUUCGCCCCUCGCAGAAAGAUGUACAGAAAAUAAAAAGAGUUGUUUCACCGCCUCAUACUUCACACCGAGCAAUGAAAUUUGAUGAACGAGAUCCAGAAUUAAAAAAUUUAAAAGAGAUCGCUGAUGUAGAGGAAAAUUCGUUGAACGAUGAAACUGCACCCGACAAUUUAGUGGACAUGACGAUAAGUCGAACAAGCAUUUAUAUAACCGAUGAUAUGUGGAAACAACUUUCAAACACCUUAGAUGGUAAUAUCAAUCCAUUUUUCGUAAAUCCCGAAGAAAGAUUUAAGAAUGGAAAUAACGCGAUCGACGCGGACACGACAUUAUCGCCUAUACAAGAAAUUGAAAUUCCCGAACUGUUGAAUGCGUCGGAAGAAAAUCCUCAACGAAAAAACACUGUCAUUAAAAUAUCUGAAAAAGAUAGUUCUACGUCUCCAAUACACUCCGAUGAAAUCCAGCAAAACACCAUCACCGAAACGAAUAUACCGGUUUCUGACGGAAAAAACUCGACGGAACCAUCAGAGAAGGGCGAUUUGACGUCUAUCGCUGGUAGCGCAGAAUGUGUACCCUCAUUGACAGAAAAACCAUCGCAGACUGCGUCAUCUGAGAGCAAGGAUUCAAUACCGAGUGCUCGCGAACGCGCAUUAAAACAUAUCGAACAUUCAUCGCUCCCUGUCUCUAUGCAAGAGAAAAAAUUAUUGCUUGUGACUCUUUUGGCACAUUUGAAUAAUCAUGAAGUAGACAAUUAUCUUUUCCGUAAGUUGACGCGAUUAUCCAAGGAAACUUCGUUAAAUAACAGAAAGCUCGCAGAUGAUAUCUGGGAAUGCGGCGAAAGAUUCCGAGAGAUAUUGACGGCUUUAAUAGGAUUCUUGGCUGACACGAAAGAUACUGAGAUGAAAGAAAAUGCGGUAAUAUUGCUUGGGCAUUUUCUAGAAAAUCAAUUCGAUUACUCCCUUGAUCAAAGACUUGAAAGGGACAUCUUACAUGUCUUACUUGAAUGUCGGGCUGACUUAUCCAAAUCAAUAUGUUUUCAUGCUGAAGAGAUUCUAGAGAAUUAUGUUCAACGAGUCGAUGGUAACGCCGGCUUAUAUGCCCUCAUCGAUAUUAUGGAAUCAAGCCUGUUCGGAAAUACCACGAAUUCGGAUGCACAAUCGAAGAUGAAGGCAUCUGCAUUUAUGGCAUUAUCACGAAUAUUCAUGAGAUUUGAUAAAGGGUCCUUGAAAAGACAGAUAGGCAGAAUAGUUCCAUUGACAAUCAAGGGAUUCGGUGAUUCAAGGUCAAUUAUAAGGAAAUCGGUCGUUGAUACCCUUGUGGCCAUAUACACAGUACUGGGAGAUGACAACACAUUUUUCGAAUAUCUUCGCGGCUUAAGCCAGACACAAUUAAAUCUCCUCUACUAUUACUUUGACCGAAGCGGUCAACAGUUUGCCGAAUGA